AUGACUGGGUUUCGGCUGACUGUCUGGCUGGCUGGCCUAUUGGCUGACUGGCUGUCCGGGAGCAUGUGUGCUAAUUUGGGCGUCUGGUCUGCUGGGCGGCUGGGCGGCUGGGCGGCUGGCUGCCUGCGUGGCUGGUAUGAAGACCAAGAUGGUAUGGCCGACCAUGCCGACCACGAUGCCGUCGAAACGUCUGGGAAAGUACCAGGUCUACGGUCCGACUUUGGAAAUGAUGAAGCAUACAAUGGACUCCGGACCAGGUGCGUUCCUCUAAGUCGUCCUACCAACAUGACCAAGUUGCGAAAACAAGGUCAAACAACUUCCAUACAACGAAAGCAGACUGCGACCACACAAAAGACCACACCAUCUUGGUCUUCAUAG